UAUUCGGAGAUUACCUAGCUUACUAUGGCCCGUACUAAGCAAACUGCUCGUAAGUCAACUGGUGGAAAGGCUCCACGUAAACAACUGGCUACCAAGGCCGCCCGUAAGAGCGCGCCAGCCACUGGUGGAGUCAAGAAGCCACAUCGUUACCGUCCCGGAACAGUCGCUCUUCGUGAGAUCCGUCGUUACCAGAAAAGCACUGAGCUCCUCAUUCGUAAAUUACCAUUCCAACGUCUGGUUCGUGAAAUCGCUCAAGAUUUCAAAACUGAUCUCCGAUUCCAGAGCUCAGCUGUGAUGGCUCUCCAGGAAGCCAGCGAAGCCUACCUCGUUGGUCUUUUCGAAGACACCAACCUUUGUGCCAUCCACGCCAAACGUGUCACCAUCAUGCCCAAAGAUAUUCAGUUGGCUCGUCGUAUCCGAGGAGAACGUGCUUAAGUUAUCUUGACAUCUAAAACUUACAAACCAAACGGCCCUUUUCAGGGCCAUCAAAUUUUUUAUACUAAGAAAAUUGAACUUGUUUCUCACCUAUUUUAUUGAAAAUAAUUUAAACAAAAUUGAAUGCUAUAUAUAACCCAAUUUCUCAACAGUACAAUCGCCGACACUAAUUCGCCCCGGGUUGUGUUGCCCCCGGCAUGAUGAACUUUUCUAUUUCAGUACAUCUCUUUCAAAACAACAGUAAUAAAAAUAUUUGUAUAAAAGAUACUUCUAGUAUAAAAUUAGUUUUUUAUUUGAUAAAUCCAUUCUAAAUUUAAUAUCUCUAGGAUAAUCUAUUUAUUAAAACAAGACACAAUUUAAAUUUCUGUUUAAUAAAUUAUCUGUAAAAUUAAACAAAUGUAUGAGAAUAAUGUGGAAAAAAUAAAUUUCAA